CACAGUUUAUAGAUUCAUUUACCCUCCACUAAAAUUGAAGUUACAAGCCCACAAAGCCUCUCUUCUAGAAUUUCGUCGAUGCAUGUUCUUGCUCCGCCCCUUGCAGGGAUAACCUAACGGCUGUGGAUAUUUUCAUUCCAUUCCAAGCGUAUGAUAAUAGGAGAGGAUGGCUCUUAAGCUUUAGAUGACGAAAUAAUUAUUACCGAGAUUACCUGAAGUGUCAUUUUGAGGAGGCGAAACUCAGGAUAGAGUUUUCAUUUGUAGAGGAAGCCACAUUUUAUCUCAUCUUAAGGAAGCCUGCAAGCUGUGUAUUCCCAUAUAUCCUUCAGGGAGAUAUUCAGUUGGGUUCAAUCCAAAUUUCCAAUACAAAAAAAGAACCCCUUUCCAGUAGAACAGAGCAGUAUUUUAUUAGCAAACUAACAGGGAGGGCAGGGAUUGUGGGAAGAUGGAUUAAUCUGCAAUUGGUGGUUUGCCGGAAAUAUAAACUUAUAACAGUGUAAACAUAAACAGCUUUAGAAUCUUGGAUGAUUUCUAUCCUAGUCUUUGCCAUUGUUACAGUUGGGUAAGGUUAUUAGAUUUGGUUUCAUUUUGUCUGCUGAGAAUUAGUCAUGGGAAAGUCUGGAGGAAGGAAGAAAAAAGCAGGAGGGACAGUUGUGAGUGCUGAACAAUCUGGAGGAUCUGUGGGUAACAAGGUGGAUCUUGAUGUAUCACUUUUUCUUAAGAAGGCUCAUGAACUGAAAGAAGAAGGAAACAAAAAAUUUCAAAACAAAGAUUAUGUCGGAGCUUUGGAGCAAUAUGAGCAGGCUCUCAAGCUUAUGCCAAGGAAUCACCCAGACCGUGCUGUUUUCCACAGUAACCGAGCAGCAUGUUUAAUGCAGAUGAAGCCAGUGCAGUAUGAUGUUGUUGUUAAUGAAUGUACACUGGCUCUUGAAGUGCAUCCACGUUUCAGUAGAGCGCUUUUUAGAAGGGCAAGGGCAUAUGAAGGUAUGGGCAAACUAGAAUUAGCCAUGCAAGAUCUGCAAGCCCUUCUGCAGGUUGAUGCUAAUCACCAGGAUGCAUUGGAGCUUAUAAAAAGGGUCCGAGUUGCUCUUGGGAAUAAGCAAGAUGCCCAGCCAGACCUGCAAAAUAGACCUACAAUGCCUUCUUUUUCAGGGACUUCUCCUGCUGCUGUUGGGGCAUCAGCAGUUCGAGGGACUCCUGUUGGUGGUAUGGGACCUUGUUUGCCUGCUAGGCCUGUACCAAAGAAGAAAAACAAACAAGAUAGGAACUCUGUUGAGAUGUUGAGUGCUCAAUCAAAUGGUCCCGCUUUGCAGGAAAUUCCCUUGCCCAAGUCGUCAGCAAGCCCUUCAUCACCAGGGAAGACUUCAGUGACAGAGUUCUCUAAAGUAUCUUUGAAAGUAAUUUCAGAGAAUGGUUGUCAAGAUCACAAGGCCAAAUGUGUCACCCAGCCUGUGAAGAAAGCACAAAAAGAAAUUAAGUGGAUUCCAUUGAAACUUAUUUUUGACCAUGACAUAAGACUUGCUCAAAUGCCAGAGAAUUGCAAAUUUAAGGAGUUGAGAGAAAUAGUAAGGAAACGGUUCUCCUCUUCCAAGGCAGUUCUAGUAAAAUAUAGCGAUUUGGAUGGUGAUAAAGUUACCAUUACAAGUACUGAAGAGCUUAGAUUGGCAGAAAGUGCUGCAGCUCAGCAGGCUGAACAGAAAGAUACAGUUAAUUUGAACUUGGUCUCUCCUCUGAGUGGGGAAUCAGAUGUCACACAGAACAUGCCUAAUCAAAAUGCAAUGAAUUCUCCUUUGAGACUGUAUGUGGUUGAGGUGAAUCCGGAGCAAGAGCCCUUGAUUGAGGAAGAAGAGGAACCUGUCUUAGAUGGAGUUGAAGAUGAGGAUGACAAAGGAGAGGAGAACAUCUCUGGUUCAUUGGAAGAAAGCAAUGAUGACAUGAUAAAAGACCUAGGAAAAGAAAUAAAUGAGCAGAUGUCUCAAGGGGCUGAGAAAGACAAAAAUGAGGAUGACUCCCAGCUUGAAGGAAAAGAAGUUGAAAUUGAUGACUGGAUAUUUGAAUUCGCUCAAUUAUUCCGCACACAUGUGGGCAUUGAUCCAGAUGCUCACGUGGAUCUUCAUGAGCUUGGGAUGGAGCUAUGCUCUGAGGCAUUAGAGGAAACUGUGACUAGUGAAGAAGCCCAACACCUUUUUGAUAUGGCGGCAUGCAAGUUCCAGGAGGUGGCAGCUUUGGCUUUCUUCAACUGGGGCAAUGUCUAUAUGUGUGCAGCUAGGAAGCGGAUUCCUUUGGAUGAGAGUUCCUCAAAGGAGCAGGUCAUGGCACAGUUACAGGUUGCGUAUGAUUGGGUACAGGAUCAAUACUUACAAGCUGGGCAAAAGUACGAUGAAGCUUUAAGAAUCAAGCCUGACUUCUAUGAGGGUUUACUUGCACUAGGUCAGCAGCGUUUUGAGACUGCUAAACUUCGGUGGUCACUUGCCUUAGCUAGCAAGGUUGAUCUUGCAACAUGGGAUUCUUCAGAGACUAUCAAGCUUUUCAACAAUGCUGAGGAGAAAAUGCAGAUGGCAACUGAAAUGUGGGAGAAGCUGGAAGAACAGCGUCAAAAUGAGUUGAAAGAUCCAUCUGGAAGUAAGAAAGAUGAAAUCCUGAAAAGAAAAAGGAAACAUUCGGGGAAUGAUAAUGGUGAUUCCAGUGAGGAGAUUGCUGCAUCUGCUGUAGAAGCUGCAGAGCAAGCUACUUUAAUGAGAUCUCAGAUCCAUUUAUUCUGGGGAAACAUUCUUUUUGAACGCUCACAAGUGGAAUUCAAAUUGGGAUCUCAAACAUGGAAAGAGCAUCUGGAUGCCGCUGUUGAGAGAUUCAAGCUUGCUGGAGCUUCUUCGACAGAUAUUGAGGCUGUGCUGAAAAAUCAUUCAUCUAAUGCCACUGACCAAGAAAGUAAAGAUACUAAAAUAGAAAAUACAAUUGAAAAUGUUGCCAGUGAGGAGGCAAAAAUUGAUAUUAUAAGUGAUGACAAAGACAAAUCUGUGAAUGGAAGUUGACAAGACCUUUGUGAACAUUCCCAUUGAUCUAACAUUUUGAUAGACAUACCUGGAAUGGAAAAGGAAGUUCUUUGAGGUUGAGUUUUUGGAUUCUGUGCAAAUGGGCAGCUUGUUUUGCAUGGAAUUCAUUACAGAUUAGGUUUUAAGAUUGAUGCCAUGGAAUGUCCAAGGCCAAAGGGAGAUGUUAUAAGCAUUCAUCAACCGGGACUAUAUUCCUAUAAAGGAUUCUGAAAGUAGGAAAAUGCCUAAACUAUGGUAUUUAAUUUGAGUUUGGGUCCAUUCAGAUUGAGGCAGAAAGUGUGCUGCGAUUCUUUGGAGCAUGCUCAAGAACUCCAAAGCAGUUAUGAUUUUAGGUCAUCAAACAUGUUUGUAAUCACUGAAAUGAACAUGGUGAGAAAUCAAAUUUCUCUGUGGAAUCGCUGCUGGCUUUUCUCAUGAUCGUAUCAUUUGUUUUUCCUAAACUUGAGCUAAUUUUGAUCGGGUUUUGCAUAUAACACCAAUUGGUUUGCCUAAGACAUUGCUGGAAGCUCCUCUGUUUCCAUCUCCAUUGAUAUUUUCUUUAUUGUUUUUUCCAAUUUGACCCACUACUAUUGCAUAUAUUUCUGUUUUGAGCAUAGCUGAGUGGUAUAAACUGAAUCUCUUUUAAAUUUUCUGUA